GAGUGUUCAAAACGCACCGUAGCAAAAAGCGGGAAAGUUUUUUUUUUUUUAAUAAUGGCUAUGAAAAUAAGUUUUGCGUUUGCGGCUUUAUGCCUGGUUGGUGUUGUGUUUGAAACCGAAGCGUCUUUUAUAAAAGGGGGUAAGAAUGUACCAAGGGUUGGUAGGAGCAAUGAGGCAGACGGGCCAUUUGAUCACUCGAUGGGCUACGUCAUCAAGACUAUCCCCAGUAAGAAUAUACCACGGAUGGGUAGGCGGAAUUAUGAUUCGGAAAAUCGGUAUGACAUUCCAAAAUUAUUCGAAAUGCCUGUGGAGACUGCUGAAUUUUACGAAGGUGAGGGCAUAUCGCCUUUGAACCAAGAAGAACUAGCCGCUUAUUAUGAAAAUCAGAUUGAAAAUAUGAAGAAAUAACUUAUUUAAGUUUUUAUUUCUUUACAUUGAUAUUAUUUUGUAUUUUUCUUUGAUUAUCAACGUAUUAAUUAUUGCAUAAAUAAAGGAAAUACCUUACUUUCAAACAUA